AUGUCGCUCUUCUCCGCGCAGCUCUAUCCUGGCCGGGCGCUGGGCUUCCUCGUCCUAGGCGCAACCCUCCACGAUGUCCUGACCCGCCUCAAGGCCGAACCCCAGCGCUUCCCCAAGAUCGAGCUCCUCUACUCCCCCGACCGACCCGUCACGGAACCUGUCGCAGUUGAUCUCCCAGCAAACGGUGUGCGCCUUCGUUUCGACGGACCUGAACAGCGGCUACGACUUAUCGAGGUUCUCGACUUUACCAAGAACCACGUCACCUUUAAAGAGAGGGAUCUCGUCAGACCUGUAAAUGGCUCUACACCAGCAUCUCCUAUACCGGACGACUCAACCUCGGGACCGACUUUUAGACAGGUGUAUCAUAGGUUACUUGGACCUACAUAUGAUGGAGAGUUCAUCCCUCCGGCGGCAGGCCAGGAAAACGGCAUUUACGUCCUGUCGUACCCUGGCGUGGCCUUCAACUUCAAACUACACCCUUCCGAGUACUCUCCCGAAAAGGACGUCGUCUCGACGUUUGCCUCUGCGUCGAGUCAGGUUGCGACCUCGAUGGCGGUGUUUAGCGGCGAUUCCUGGGCCGAUGCCCGCCCGACUCUGUGGACUGAGAUCCUGCCCAGCAUCAAAUCGACGAAUGUUAUCCCUCGAGGCAAAGACGUGUAUCCCGAUGAAAUAUCCUUGAUCCGGAUGUAUGGUGGUGGAAAGAUACAGUUCUUCAGAAAGUGGACCAACAACUCUUUUGUUAUCAACUUGGGCGAGACCACGCCGCAGGAUCUGGUUAUGGAGUUGGGACCUCCAAAUGCCAUUUAUCGCAGGAAUGAUCAGAAAAUGGUCAUCCAUAAAAUGCGCACAACUAGCAAUACCAAGGCUCGUCCAAAUGCUGCCGACCUUGGUCGACAGGACGAACUCACCGACACGGAUCAGUCCUCUAUGCACGAUGCAUCGGAUGCAUCUGAUCAUGAGGAAGCCGUUGAGGAUCAGAUCGGAGUCAACACUACAGGGGAGUGUUUCUAUAACUACUUCUACCUUGGCUUUGAUAUCCUCAUCUCAACCCGAGUUCCGCCCUCACAAUUACCCCCGGGUCAGAAAGGCACCGAAGCCGAGGCCCAAAAGGGCAUCAUUUCACACUCUCCCGACCGUUUAGUCGCCACGAAGCUGGUUCUUCAUGGAAACAUUCCCGGUUCAUAUGAGUUCAACCGCCAUCGCCGAUGUCGCUGGGAGAUUGCAUAUCUAGACCCGUCAGGCGAUGGAGGCGACCCCAUCAACUCAGAAACACCGUUUCCACAGAUUGAAGACCGGAUGAACGAGGCGUGGGCAUCUGUCUUUCCUCGCAACGACUCUCAACCUCGACAGCGAGGCAUGGUCCUCAAUCGAGGUUGGGGAGACAGCCCAGGAAGCAGCUGCGAGUUCCUGGGAGGAUGGGAAGAGAGCGGAGCCCGGCGAGCUGAAGCCAACGGUGAUUCUACGACAACACUAUACGGGUUUCCAGGAAUGGUGUUUGAGGUUUUGAAGAAUGGGCACGUCAACACGGUGACGGUGUUUUGA